GUGUAGAGGGAAGCUCGUUAACGUAUCACCCGGUCAGCAGCACUAAAGAUGACCGACCAUAAUCAGCGCUUAGUUGGGGUUUACACUUCAGUGGAGGGAAAGCCGGAGGAACGAGCCGGGGAGUCCAAGUAUCAGCUGUUGGAUUUGCCCUGGGAGGACGUUCUCGUGACACAUGUGCUGUGCUACUUGCCUUUACGACAUCUGGUCAGCCUACAGCGAGUGAGCAAGUGCUUCCGCUCUCUAAUUCAGGUUUAUCUGGCCAACUGCCGCUCAUUCGACCCUGCGCAGACAGGUCCUCAAAUUCCUAAGGAAGCUUUUUGUUCCAUGCUCUGUGAUAAUAAAGUCCUCCAGAGUCUCUCUGUACACGGCUGUUGUGACUGGAUCACUGAUGAGGAGCUGCUUCCUGUGAUCGGUCAGAACCAGCAGCUGCAGCGUGUGGACCUACACGGCUGUGUCCACCUCACUCGGCACGCUCUGGUGGCUGUGGCUCUUGGCUGCCCCCGUCUGCAGCACCUGGGCCUGGCGCACUGUGAGUGGGUGGAUAACCUGGCACUGCGAAGCGUAGCAGAUCACUGCACCGAGCUGCGAGCGCUGGAUCUCACGGCCUGCAGGCAGCUGAGAGACGAGGCCGUGUGUUACGGGGCAGUGCGCUGGCCCACGCUGCGCUCACUCUCUGUGGCCAUCAAUGCCAACAUCACAGACACAUCUGUGGAGGAAGUGGCCAAGCACUGCAGAGAGCUCGAGCAUCUCGACCUGACUGGAUGUCUGAGGGUUCACAAUGAGGCCAUCAAGACUGUGGCUGAAUACUGCCCUAAACUGCAGUCCCUGAAGGUGAAUCACUGUCAUAACGUUAGUGAGUCCAGUCUGGGUGUGCUACGAAGGCGGAAUGUAGAGAUCGAUGUGGAACCUCCCCUCCAGAGGGCGCUGGUGCUGCUCCAGAACGUGGUGGGCUUCGCUCCCUUCAUAAACCUACAGAUUUAACAGUACAUGGGUCGUUGUGUAUCAUACGUCUCAGAAAAGUGCCGAUCUCUCAGUGAACAUCACGCCCAUUGGUCAGGUGUGUUUUUCUGAGAGGUGUGGUACAUACGACCCCAAGACCAGACAAGCUAAAAUCAGGUGAGUGAUGAUUACACCAUCUACUGUAUUAUAUAAACCUGUUUAAAAGGAAAAAAACAUCACUUCUUACUUUGUUGGUUCAUUCAUACAUUGUAAGAAACAUUUUUCAUUAUAUUUCUUUGCUUCAUAAAGAGGUUCUGCAUGAAGCAUUCUCCGAUAAGAAAAGUCUUUAACAAAUUAUCUUUAACUGAAUUCCCUCUUAGAAAAAGAUUUGGGCUGUCGAAGCGUGCAUCAUCACUGGGAUCACUGGUUUAAAUGUCAUCGAUGCCAAAGCUGUGUGUUCUGGGUGGGCGUGAUGGGGCAUUGGCACGGAUGUUAGUCAUAGUGACGAUAGCCGGUCUUGGGCUUCUGUAUGCAGAAAAGAGAAAUAGAAAUAGCCUUUUAUUUGUCACAUAUACAUUACAGCACAUAUCCCAUCCUUGGAGGUUGGGGUCAGAGCGCAGGGUCAGCCAUGGUACAGCCCCGUGGAGCAGAGAGGGUUAAGGGCCUUGCUCAAGGGCCCAACAGUGGCAACAUGGCAGUGCUUGGGAUUGAACCCCCGACCUUCCGGUCAACGACCAAGAGCCUAACAACUUGAGCCACCACCGCCGAGUAAAUAUGGCUUUCACUCGAGUGUGUUACACUGCCUGGGAUGCAGCAUGAGCAGUAAAUUAAAAAGAUGCCGAAAGCUGGUUCAUGUGUCUCUGAGGAACCACAUAUUAGCCUUCACUCUGCCGAACUGGUAGCUGUCAUGAGAUGGGGAGAUGUCCUGAAAUAGAUGUUGUGAGAUCAAAACCAGAAUAUAUUCCUGUCAGAGAGAGUUCUUUAGGGAGUAAAGACUCCUUGACAAUUUAUACAUUGUAUAAAUGUAAAUGAUAACUUGUACUGUAUUGCAGGGUAUGAUAGAAAAGUAUUGUGUGUCAAGUGCUAGGAACUUAUCAUUGUUUCCUAAUGAAAGCUGCAUAUGAUUUGUGAAAACCUGUAUUAAGGAGAUUGGUCUGCUUUAUCACAAGAACAUUCUACAUGCAGUUAAAAAAAAUUAUCUACUGUUUUGAUAUCUUUCAGGACUUCCUACAUCCCUGAUCUAUUUGGAGUGAUUCCCUGUGCUGGCGCAGUGCAAUAUCAUGGACCGUGUGCUUGUAUGAAGGUUCAGCUAUGCUAUAUUUUGAGGACUUGUGUUCUACCAGCUCCUUUUCCAGACAUAGAAAUGAUGUGGGGUGCAGUAAUAGAAAGACAAAAAAACUGAUUUGAGACAGGUAUUUUAGAGAUGUUUACCUCACAAAUAAAAUGUCAGUGGAGCUGUCAUACUUGAGUUUUGCAUGCGUAAAUGCAAUGUCUUUUAGAUAUUCAGAUACGCUGCGGUAUAUUUUUUGGUUCUACUCCGAGCACUCAUUCUGAUUAGGAAUACACAAAUUGGGAUUGAACAAACUUUCAUAAGGAAUUGUUGGAAAUGUACUGUAUGAUAUUUUAUUUAUUCUUUUUUUUUUCUUCUUCUAUGGUAAACAUAAGCUUUGUUUAACUUUGCACUUAAUGAGCAACCGAAAGGAAAUCAAAGUAUCUGUUGAUUUCUAUCAUAAUUUCCUGAGCAAGUCAGAUUCCGAGAUGUAUUUUGCGUUAAGAGCGUUGUUGGAUACGCAUGAAACUGCUGUAUUUUUCAAACACCCAAAGCAAUUAUUAUUUCUAUAGGCAUAACUUGAAACUACAACCUCAACAUACCAGAUUAGCUUUAAAGCCGACUGAAUGUGUUUAUCAUCACAUUUAACUCAUUCUAGAGGUGACAAUGACAUUUCAUUAUAGGAAUAAAGAAUUUGCACUAAGGUUGGAUUGGUCUUUUUAAGGAACGGAUUAUAAAGCUUGAUUAUACAACACUCCUCAUUAACACUGACGAUUAAAAUGUCCUGUGCUCCAUAAUGAUUCAAGAUUACUCCACGAAUGUGAGUUUUAUUAUUACUGGGGUUUUUUUCUUUCUGUUGAAACUACAAUUAUUGUAAUAGAAUAUAUUCAACAGCAGUUUUAUACAUUUCCAGAAUGGCAAAUCAUGGCUUUGUAACUGUUUAACUCUACAGGAUCAUACAUGGUGUUCAAGCUUUGCAUUUUUAAAAAAAUAUUUUAUUAUGUUUAACAUUAAUUUGUUAUGAUUGUGUGUGCUAUAUAAAUGUUAUGUAUGAUUGGUUAUAUACAAUAAUAUGCAAUAUUGAUGAGGUUUUGGAAAUUUUGAGUGAGAUCACUUUUGCCCAGUUUGUAAAUGUCUAAUAGCAUUUUAUGUAUUUCAAAUCUUGAUAUGUUUACAGACUUUUUAAGACUCUCUGAUGCACAAAAUCAGCAUUUUUUUCUGCACUGAAAUCAUUCAGUAGAAAUAAAAGUUUUAAGAUGG